CGCAUCCUGCAAAGUUGACCCAGGGCAAGCUAUCGCGGGCGUCCUGCUGCCCUAGAAUCGCCCAGUUCUUCCCGCGGAGCCAGGCGUGGACGUCGCUGCCCCGCUGACACCCAAGGGACCCGGAGAAGCCAGCGGGCGUCGGCGGGAGCCCGCGCAGCGCGAGAUGGUGGCUGCGGGAGGGGACGCGCGGGCCGGCGCCGUGUAGCCCGCGGGCCCCGGGGCUGGACCUUGCCGGGACGCUGUGGGGGCGCGCGAGCGGGGCCCUCCCCCGGGCUGCCAUGGAGGUGCCCAAUGUCAAGGACUUUCAGUGGAAGCGCCUUGCUCCACUGCCUAGUCGCCGGGUCUACUGCUCACUGCUGGAGACUGGGGGGCAGGUCUAUGCCAUCGGGGGAUGUGAUGACAAUGGAGUCCCUAUGGACUGUUUUGAGGUCUACUCCCCCGAGGCCGACCAGUGGACCUCCCUGCCCUCCUUGCCCACAGCCCGGGCCGGGGUAGCGGUCACUGCCCUAGGAAAGCGGAUUAUGGUGAUCGGGGGUGUGGGCACCAAUCAACUGCCUGUGAAGGUCGUGGAAAUGUACAAUAUCGAUGAGGGCAAGUGGAAGAAGAGGAGCGUCCUGCGAGAGGCUGCCAUGGGCAUUUCUGUCACAGCCAAAGAUUAUCGCGUGUAUGCUGCAGGAGGGAUGGGCCUGGACCUACGUCCGCACAACUACUUGCAACACUAUGACAUGCUAAAGGACAUGUGGGUGUCACUAGCUCCCAUGCCCACCCCCAGAUAUGCUGCCACCUCUUUCCUCCGGGGCUCCAAGAUCUAUGUGCUGGGGGGACGACAAUCUAAGUAUGCAGUCAACGCCUUCGAGGUCUUUGAUAUAGAGUCUCGGUCCUGGACCAAGUUCCCCAACAUUCCCUGUAAACGGGCCUUCUCCAGCUUUGUGACCCUGGACAACCACUUGUACAGCCUGGGAGGCCUGCGGCAGGGCCGUCUGUACCGGCAGCCCAAGUUCCUGCGGACAAUGGAUGUGUUCGACAUGGAACAGGGGGGAUGGCUGAAGAUGGAACGCUCAUUCUUCCUCAAGAAGCGCCGGGCAGACUUUGUGGCUGGUGGUCUGAGUGGACGGGUCAUAGUGGCUGGGGGCCUUGGAAACCAGCCCACUGUCCUGGAGACAGCAGAAGCAUUCCACCCAGAGAAGAACAAGUGGGAGGCCCUCCCCCCCAUGCCCACGCCCCGCUGUGCCUGCUCCAGCAUUGUCUUCAAGAACUGCCUCCUGGCUGUGGGGGGUGUCAGCCAGGGACUGAGCGAUGCGGUAGAGGCACUGUUUGUCUCUGACUCCUAGCUGGCUGGAGCAGCGCCUGUGCCUGGACGGCAUCACUGCUCUCCUGACAUGAGGAAUGGUCUCAUCAAAGCAGUUUGGACUGCUUCCCAGGGCUCCAACUCUUGUUAAGAGACAGCGAGGGGUCAAACCCUGGGGCUCUCCGUGACCUCUCUCUAAACCUGCAAUCUCAGAAAGCAUAGCUGACUCCACCAGUCACUCAGCGCUAGGCUGUGGCCUGGGAGAAGACUCACGCAGUGCUCCUGGGGUGGAGGGCAGUCGCCGUCCAGGGGGAGAUCCUUGUUGUCCUUCCCCAUCUCUGAGGUAGUUUGAGUGUCAUGAGAGAUAAACUAAUGGAGAACAGGGCACUCCAACCCCUUGUUUCUCUUUAGUUGACAUUCAUCCCCCAUACAGAAGUCAACUGUGGGCCUGCCCCAGAUCUCACCUACUUAUCGGGGAUUGGACUUGAAGCUAAGGAAGGAAGUUGAGGGCUCACACACCAGGCCAACAGCUUUGGCAAGAAGCACCCUUCCUCUCACGUCCCUGUUGGGCAUGUGAUGAUGAAGUGUCAAUAUCUUCUGUAUUCUGUCUUCCACCACCUUCUCCUGACCUGAGUCCUGGCCACUCUGUGCCCAACAGCUCUCAGAGUGUUUCUGCGUGAAACCAUCUCAUUUACAUACACUGUGGCUUCCACAUCCACAAAGGGUGGAUUAAUUGCACUCUGGUUAAUAACAGCAGCGCAACAAUUGGCAUCUU